ACACAUUGAUCACAGGUUACACGUGAGAAAUAACGAUAGGACGUACCUUACAGUAAAGUCAUGCUUUGAAGAUUUUCAUAGAUAUAUGUUUACUCUGUAUUAAACAAAAUACAGUCUAUAGUGACUGUUUUAUAAUGAAAUCAGUAGCCUCGGAAAUGUAGCAGUUUGGCAAAAAAUUUACACUGAUAUGUAUUCAAUUUGUAAAUAUAUGCUUGGCUGUUAACAUGCACUGUCUAGAUGGAUUCUACCAAAUGCCUAUUACAAGUGUUACUGUCUUUACCUAGUAAACCAUGAUAGCAGUGGAGUCUGGAGUCUACAUCGGUUCUGUGUCCGAUCUGAGGGAUGCUCAAAGCCUGUCAGAUGCAGGUAUAACCCACAUACUCACUGUUGACUCAGAGGAAGCUGCUGUGACCGGAUUCCACACGAGAUUUGUCCGGGCUCUGGAUGAUGCAUCCACAGAUCUUCUGAGCAAACUGGAUGACUGUAUCAGCUUCAUAUAUGACGCUCUGAAUACACAACAUGAGUCCAAACCACCAGCAGUCCUCGUGCAUUGUCAUGUGGGGCAAAGUCGAAGUGCUGCUGUAGUGACGGCUUAUCUGAUGAAAACACAAAACCUCAGUUUACAGGAUGCAUAUACUAAACUCCAAAACUUAAAACCAGAUGUGAAAAUGAAUGAAGAGUUUCUGGACCAGUUGUCACUUUAUGAAUUAUUGGAUUGUAAACUAGACUCCACGAAUCCCUUAUACAAACAGUUUAGAUUGAAGAAAAUUACAGAGAAAUAUCCAGAGCUCCAGAAUGUACCAAAAGAUAUCUUCGCUGUUGACCCUGCCCAAACCCAGAAUUUAGAGGCUGUUUACAGAUGUAGAAAGUGCAGGCGCACACUCUUCCGCCAUUCCAGCAUUCUCAGUCACUGUGUUGGAGGCGGAGCCUCAGCGUUUACUCAUAAGAAGACAAGGACAGUGACCCCUUCGGCUGAAGAUGAGAAACAGUGCACAUCCUACUUCAUAGAGCCAGUGCAGUGGAUGGAGCAGGCCUUACUAGGUGUCAUGGAUGGACAGCUCUUGUGCCCCAAAUGCAGCUCAAAGCUGGGCUCCUUUAACUGGUAUGGUGAGCAAUGUUCGUGUGGGCGCUGGGUGACACCAGCCUUCCAGAUGCACAAGAACAGAUUGGAUGAAAUCAAACACAUCAAUAUAUCUGCACUGAAAUGAUGCACAAAUAAACAUUUGUAUGCCAUAUUCAGGAUUUGUUGUUGU